AUGCAGCCUUUCAUAAAAGCUUUUGAUUUGAUACGUAACCUUUGGCUGAGGGUGAUCCUGUUCAUCGCAGCACCUGUAUUUCCUUACCUUUUACCUGAUCCGUACACCCAAGCUGGCAAUGUCCGAGACGAAUCCAAACCUGCUCAUGAAAGCCGCGUCACCAUGACCGAAAUCAUUGCUCCUCAUCACUGCAAUGUCAGAGGGCUUUGUCGAGCAGGUUCUAUUAUGGCUUGGGUGGAUAUCGCUGCUGGUAUCGCUGCGAAACGUCACGCUACUUUGCCCUCGGUGACGCGAUCCAUUGAUGAUGUAGCUUUUCUUCAUCCCGUGAAAAACGGUGAUAUAUUGACAAUUCAAGCGUCCGUAAACAAGUCAUGGCGAACAUCCAUGGAAGUGGGUGUCAAAGUUGAAGCACAAACACCACUGACAGGCGAACGAUUCUUUGUAGCCCACGCAUACUUGACAUUUGUGGCACUUUCACCACGGCCGCAACCAAAAACCUAUCUGGGCCUCAAAUGGGUCGAACAUCGUCCAACGCAAGUUCCUGCAUUGUGCCCGCAUUCAGACAUGGAAAAGAAACGAUAUGAUAUGGCUGAGCAACGUCGCCAGUCCCGCUUCAAGGAAACGAACAAGAAACAGCCACAACAGUUGCAAAGUAUCCGUGAUUUGAUGCGAGAGUGGUCGCAGGGUUUAAGAGAGCACGCACAUCAAAACACGGCUGCAAUUAAAUCACAUCCAGCGUUACAUGCAGCAGCAGCAGCAACAACAGCAACAGCAGCAGAGGGGGAAGAGCAACCACGAGAUAAGCAUGAAGAUGAAAGUAUAAGCAGUAGUACUGGAGAAAAAUCAAGCGAGACACUCAAGGGUGACGAGGACGAACAGCUGUCAGUGCAUCAUGUUACUACAUCCAAUAAGAGAAAACGGUAUUCGAUGGAUCCAAUCAUGCAGCUCCCCUUCACUGAGACGUCGAUGGAGACAACAUUCGCAGAAGUGGUUGAACUGGUCAUGCCUCAGCAUGCAAAUACACUAAACAUUACCUUUGGUGGCAUCAUUAUCCAGUGGCUAGAGCAGUGUGCCCUGGCUAGUGCCCAUCGAUUAACUAGAGGCUAUUUGUUGACAGCAAGCAUCGAUUCGCUUUCGUUUAUUACACCCACACAUGUUGGCGAUGUAGUAACCAUUCGUUCAAUUGUAUCUCGGACUUAUUCAUCCUCCAUGGAGGUCUAUGUGAGCAUGGAAGCCGAAAACUUACAAACGGGAGAGACCAAUUUUACAAACGACGCGUUUUUUACGGUUGUGGCGAUCGAUAAAGAUCACAUACCUGUUCGGAUACCGCGAACCAUUCCGCAAACCGAGGCUGAAAUGACACUGUUUGAAGGAGGAGCGAACCGUCGAGCGAAAAGACUGACACAGAAAGUGGAAUUGAUCAACUUGGUGAAUAGCGCCUCAAGCCAAGGUUUAGCAGCACCCUAUAUUAGUAUUCCGAUGUCUCCAUAG